AUGGAUACUGGAAAUUGGGCAGACGUCGAAGUCGAAGACAAUGGCUAUGAAAACAGUGAUGAUGAAAGAAUAAUGAGAUCCACUGCAAGAUCAAUAUCAUCGUCAUCCAAAUCUACUUCUAAAUCCACAUCAUCCAAUAACAAUAAUCCUUCCUCCUCCUCAUCCUCGACAUCCUCUUCUAAAUCCAACAAAAAGAAAAAGAAUAGUAAAUCAAAAGAAAAAGAAAAGACAUCAACUACUUCAACCACCUCCACCUCCACCUCCACCUCUACUGUAAAAUCAUCUUCACCAUCGACACAACCAAGUAAAAAGAAACCUGCAGCAGCAGCAGCACCAGUUCCUCUUAAACCUGUUGCUCAGAGAGAAGUAACCUUUUCAAAUAUUGUAUUUGUUGCUCAACCCGUCGUCGUGGCUACUGCUACUACUGCCGCUACUAGUAUACCAGAGGGUCUGUCGACUACAUCAACCACCUCAACAUCUACUGAUGCAUCAACGGCAACAUCUGAAAAUAUUAGUACAACAUCACCACCACCACCACCAUAUAUAAAUGCAACACAAACCAAACAACAUGAUGAGUUGAUGUUGGUAUUCCGUCACUUUGGAGUAUUGGAUAGUAGUAUAGAGGUUAAUUGGCAGGAACAUAGUUGUACGGUAGUCUAUACGACAGUUGGCGAUGCAAACAAGGCUGUCACUGCAUUCAAGUCAGUGUCACAUUUAGAGGAUGUGAUAGGUGCACUACAAAUCAAGCAUCCAACAAUGGCGAUCAAUCUAAAGAGUAUUUGGAAUAUCAAAGCUGCCAUUCAACCAGCACCCAAAAAGGACAUUACAUCAACUACACCAUCCACUACUUUGAGACAAUCUACUACCACACAUCCUACACCAACACCACCACCAAAGAAUCUAUUUUCAUCUAGUCGCAACCAUCAUCCAACCAAUAGGGCUCCAAGAGGUGAACAACGGUCAUCUGGAUUUUCAAGAUCAUCUACACCAUCCAAUAAAUAG